AUAAUCAUUCAUUUCUCGAGCCAAUCCAAUAAAAUCACAUGACUACGUGGCGCGUCGCCUCGACGCGUUUCUUCUCCAACGCCAAAGAACUCCGCAAUCUUUAACGUCUUCCAUCUUCCUCGAUAUUACUCCAUAAUUUUCCAACAUUGAGGUUUUGCGCAUAGACCACAUUUCAUUUAAUAUCAAACCAAACACCAUGACUGUCCCUGCUGCAACCCUCGAAGAUGCAAACAAAGUAUCCACUGCCCCUCCCUCUCCGCCGCAUGACCCCUCCCACGAAGAACACCAGUAUCUGAACCUCAUCCGCACCAUCCUCGCUGAAGGUGAACACCGUCCCGAUCGCACUGGAACUGGCACACGAUCGAUCUUCGCUCCUCCACAAUUACGCUUCUCCCUGUCUAAACCCGGCCCUACCCCCUCCUCAGACCCAAUCCCUGUUCUACCCCUCCUCACCACCAAACGGGUCUUCCUCCGCGCCGUCUUGGGUGAACUCCUCUGGUUCAUCUCCGGAUGCACUUCAUCCAUUCCUUUGUCUGAUGCUGGUAUCAAGAUCUGGGAUGGAAACGGCAGCCGCGAGUUUCUCGAGCGUGUUGGCCUGGGACAUCGUGAGGUUGGCGAUCUGGGCCCCGUUUACGGAUUCCAAUGGCGACACUUCGGUGCCCAAUAUGUCGAUGCCAAGACCGACUAUACUGGCCAAGGCUUUGAUCAGCUGGCCGACGUGGUGCGCAAGUUGAAAGAGACCCCCUUUGACCGGAGAAUUAUCAUGAGCGCCUGGAAUCCAGCUGCUCUCAAGGAGAUGGCUCUCCCACCAUGCCAUAUGUUUGCUCAGUUCUACGUCUCGUACCCGGCUGGAUCACAGAAGGGCUCUCUGUCUUGUUUGCUUUACCAACGAUCUUGUGAUAUGGGACUCGGUGUGCCGUUCAACAUUGCUUCCUAUGCACUUUUGACUCAUAUCAUCGCUCACGCUACCGACCUUAACCCGGGUACGUUGAUCCACACCAUGGGCGAUGCUCAUGUUUAUCUGGAUCACAUCGAGGCAUUGAACGAGCAACUCACUCGUGAACCCACUGAGUUCCCUGAAUUGCGGAUCAAGCGUGAUGAUAGGGGCAGUGGCGUUGUCGAUGGAUGGAAGGACGAGGAAUUCGAGGUGAUUGGGUAUAAACCACACAAGUCGAUCAAGAUGAAGAUGAGCGUUUAAUCUUUUAUCUCAUGAGUAAUAUCUUGGGUUUAUGUUAUUUGUUAUAGAAUAUAUGAUACCAGGGAAUCUUAAUUGUAUCCAUUAAAUCUAGAUGGACUUCCAAAUUCGUUAAUAUGAUUUUGAUGAAUAUGUCCGUAUAUC